CCCUACCAACCGGAAGCGGGUCCCCACCCAGAGCAUCCACUUCUCUGGCAAGGAUAAAGGCUGGCUAGCUAGCACAUGAGUUUUGCUGCCCAAGAUAUGGACCCGUCUCAUCCAGAGUCCUAUUCCACUGGCGAGAAGUCUGAGCCUGCAGGCCUAGACUACAGCUCCACCAACCCCAACUAUUUCUCCACAAACCGAGGACCGGACUCUCUCUACCAAGAACUGGACCUGGACUCCCUGGACGAAGACGUUUCCCUGUCUGUGCCAGAUGCCAUGACAGAGACCACAAAUGAAUCCCACCCUGCCUCAGAACCAGAUCUGACGGAGGCUGAACAAAUGGAGCUCAAAUCUGAGCUCACUAGAUUGGAGGAAGAGAUCCUAACAUUACACGACCAGCUGGCAGCCAAGGAGAAGCGAUGUGAGGAACUCCGGAGGAAGUUAGGCUGCAUGGCCUUGAUGGGGCUGAGGCAGAAUCUGUCCAAGAGAUGGCACGGUGUCCAGGCCUCCAACGCCGGCAUGAAGCAGAAGACUUCGACUGCCCUGUCCUCGGUGGGCUCAGCCAUCUGUAGGAAGCUUGAAGACAUGAAGAAGUCGUCCACGUUCAGAUCUCUUGAAGGGCUGAUGGGGACUGUCAAGGCAAAAGUUGCAAGUGGCAGAGAGCUUGGCAGUGGCCUUCUUUCUUCACUGGCGAGUGGCAGUGAUCCACACUCAGUUCCAGGGAGUGGAUAUGACUCCAUUCCAGGGCCUGGAGAUCAACUGCUUUCUGUCCCGAAGCCCGAGUAAGCCCUUUGUUAGCCUUGCUUGGCUGCCAAACCAGUACAGAAGCCCUCUUCCAGCAUCACACUUGCCAAUCAAAAUUAAGCAAACAACCAACAACAGAAAAGCUAUUAUAAUUCUGGACAAGGGCACGGUCCAGUUUUGAUAACAGGACUACCCAUUUGUGUAUAGAUACUUGCUGCUCGUACAUGAGGGCGAAGCCCAAGUUUUAUAGUCGUUACUGACACAGGUUUGUAGAUCUAGAAUGCAUCUCUGUGAGCUUUUCUGAGAUUACUUUGAACAGACAGGGUAAUGGCUCCAGAGGAGUCCUAGACCAGAUCCCAAGCUCUCUGGAAUAUUAGCAUAUCCAAAGGCCAGUGAGAUUUGUAUUUGGGAAAAGGUGUGAAAUAAACUGGCUAUGUAUUCUGCCUAUGUCCUUCAAGCAGCACUUGACCUAUAACCUUUAUUUUAUUAGUACUGGGGAUACAGCCACGUGCCCCACACAUGCUGUACAAUUUCUCUACUCCUGAACUACAUCUCUGGCCUCAUAGCUUUUAUUUUCACAGUACAAUCAAGAAAACUGUCCAUCUCAAGGCCCCUAGAAAAGAGGAAAAAAAUAUGAGCCACUGAUUGCUAAUCUAAAGCUAUACGUAUUAUAAAAUUUUAUUUUUCACAGUGGUCAGUACAGCAAAUCAAAUUAGCUGUAAUUCAGGUGAUUACUAUUUUGGACUCAAAGUGAAAAUGCAAACUUACAUUGCGUGUCCUUUUGUUCUCUUUGUACAUUAAAGUUGAGGUUCAGAGUUUAACCCUUGUGGCAGCAUGUCCCCAGCACCAGUUGCAUCUUCUUCUGCAGCAACUGCUAAUUAGUAAUCACCUUCAGCUAAGGGACAGGAAGAACGCAGUAUAGCCAGAUUUAAGGAAGGUAAGCCUCCCCCACCUCCAUCUUAAACAUUUUGAAAAGAAUUCCAGCCCCCUGUGAUGCUGACUGUUAGGCCUUUGAAUUGGCCUAAUUAACUGAAUGUAUAUCACUAGUCUGCUUGAGUCUAAACCCGCCCUUGGUUUUAACUUCAACUCGGAAGAAGGACCCAACCAACUCUCCUAAGGUAGCAGAUUAAUAGGAACCUGUAGGAACUUGGUUUGAGUUUGUUCAAACUUUCUAGUAUCGGAUUUUCACAGGAACUAUGUUUUGGUUUUGGUUUGGGUUUGGGUUUAUGUUUGGGUUUAGUUUCUUGUUUCCGCUUUCAAAACAUCCAUCCGGUAGCUUCCUUCUUUCCUCCCACCACACUGUCUGAAAUAGGAGUUUGUGUAGCCUUGGUUCACAGCAGGCUGCUAUUUGCUUGAGUACAUCUCAGUAACCCAUCAUUGCCUACAAGUUGGCCCUCCCGUCCAAGCACCUGGUCCCCUUUUGCUGUCUCUUGAGUAUUUCUUUUGCACCCCUUUUGUUCUUUAAAGUGAAACUAAAUACUGCUGUCAAGGCAAAAGCUCCUGGGAAAACUGUACGGCCAUUGAUAAAUCCCAGCUCUCCACAGAGUCCCAAAGGCCAAAUUUUGUUUGGAUUAAAAUAAGAUGUACAAGUC